UUAAGAAGCUGCAGCAUCAGAAAGUGAUUAAUCUAAGAGAAGCCACAGCAGAGAGCGACCAAGUGUCAGUCCUUUUAUUUCGACUGCAAGUACGACUGGGCAACAAGGAUACAUAUAAGAGGAUACAAUAACAAAAGGAAAGCAGAGCUUCUUUGACUGGAGCAGAGAGAUAAAUAAUCCAUUGUAGUAUCUGCUGCAGACACCAAACACAGCCAUUAUGACCCAGGGCAAGCUUUCAGUCGCAAACAAAGCUGCUGAAGCAGGAGAGAAGCAGUAUGGCACUUCAAGUGGAGAAGCAGAAGGGCUACCUGCCCCUCCCACCUAUGAGGAGGCCACUGGCACAAGUGAGAAAGCAGGCCUCAGCGGCAGCCCCUGUUACGGUAGGGCUUGUCCUAGUGAUGAGGAGAUGCUAACAGAAUUCAGCUGGAGUGAUAAAAACAUCCGGCGGAUCUUUAUCCGCAAGGUUUACUCCAUCUUGAUGAUCCAACUUCUAGUCACUCUUUCCAUAGUGGCUCUCUUCACAUUCUGUGAACCAGUGAAGAUCUACAUUCAGUCCAACCCUGGAUGGUACUGGGCUUCUUAUGCUGUAUUCUUUGUCACAUACAUUACACUCGUCUGCUGUCCUGGACCAAGGAGACAGUUUCCAUGGAAUCUGAUCCUGCUCGCCGUCUUUACCCUCUCUCUCUCCUAUAUGACAGGGAUGCUAUCCAGUUACUAUAACACCAAGUCAGUGGUGAUGUGUCUGGGUAUUACUGCUAUGGUCUGUCUUACGGUCACUCUCGUCAGCUUCCAAACUAAGUUUGACGUGACCUCAUGCCAAGGCGUAUUGUUUACCUUCUGCAUGGUCAUGAUGGUGUCUGGACUGGUCUUGGCCAUCGCCCUGCCCUACGGAUAUGUGCCCUGGGUGCAUGGUGUCUAUGGUGUCUUGGGAGCGUUACUGUUUACCAUGUUUUUGGCGUUUGACACACAGCUACUGAUGGGGAACAAGCGCUACACAAUAAGUCCAGAGGAAUACGUCUUUGCCACUCUCAACAUCUACCUAGAUAUUAUCUACAUCUUCUCCUUCUUCCUGUCCCUGUUCGGAACAGAGAGAACAAACUGAAUCCACAUCCAGGCCAGCAUCGCAGAUCACCAUCUACACAGGAUCUGUAUUCAUAGUCUCAAACUGCAUUUACACAUGUAGCCAAAUUCAGAUCAUUUUUUCACUAAUUGCUAUUUUGACCAAUCAGAUCAGCUCAAAAAAAUGUCUGAUGUGAAAAGAUCAGAAGUGAUUGGUCAAAAUACCAAUUAGUGGAGAAAGGUCUGAAUUGGGCUGCAGCCUCAGAGUAGUAGUGUUGAUCAAGGAUUUGCCAUUUAGAUCAUCAAAUCAAAUCAAAUGUAUUUAUAUUGCCCUUCUUACAUCAGCUGAUAUCUCAAAGUGCUGUACAGAAACACAGCCUAAAACCCCAAACAGCUAGCAAUGCAGGUGUAGAAGCACGGUGGCUAGGAAAAACUCCCUAGAAAGGCCAAAACCUAGGAAGAAACCUAGAAAGGAACCAGGCUAUGAGGGGUGGCCAGUCCUCUUCUGGCUGUGCCGGGUGGAGAUAACAGAACAUGGCCAAGAUGUUCUAUUGUUCAUAAAUGACCAGCAUGGUCAAAUAAUAAUAAUCACAGUAGUUGUCGAGGGUGCAACAAGUCAGCACCUCAGGAGUAAAUGUCAGUUGGCUUUUCAUAGCCGAUCAUUAAGAGUAUCUCUACCGCUCCUGCUGUCCAGAGAGUUGAAAACAGCAGGUCUGGGACAGGUAGCACGUCCGGGGAACAGGUCAGUGUUCCAUAGCCGCAGGCAGAACAGUUGAAACUGGAGCAGCAGCAUGGCCA